AUGUUUCAGAGGUUAAAAUCUGGCUGUUUAGGUAACGCCAUGGUGUUUAAGCCCUCUCCGUUUACUCCUGUGACUGCCGUCAUUCUGGCUGAGAUCUACAAAGAGGCGGGGGUGCCUGACGGGCUCUUCUGUGUGGUCCAAGGUGGAGCAGAGACCGGCACCUUGCUCUGCCAACACCCGCAGGUCGCCAAAGUGUCUUUCACCGGCAGCGUGCCAACAGGCAAAAAGGUCAUGGAAAUGUCUGCAAAGGGGGUGAAGCAGGUGACUCUGGAGCUCGGAGGGAAAUCUCCCCUCCUGAUCUUCAAAGACUGUGAGCUGGAAAACGCAGUGAAGGGAGCGCUCAUGGCAAACUUCCUGACGCAGGGGCAGGUUUGCUGCAACGGGACCAGAGUGUAUGUGCAGAGAGAGAUCAUGCCCCAGUUCCUGGAAGAAGUGGUGAAGAGGACGAAGGCCAUCCCUGUGGGCGACCCCCUGCAGGACGGCACCCGGAUGGGAGCGCUGAUCACCAAACCACAGCUGGAGAAAGUGCUGGGGUUUGUCAAUCAGGCCAAGCAGCAGGGAGCCAGGGUGCUUUGUGGAGGAGAGCCUUUUGUCCCCAGUGACCCCAAAUUGAAAGGGGGCUUCUUCAUGUCACCUUGUGUACUUGAUAACUGCAGAGACGACAUGACCUGUGUGAAGGAGGAGAUUUUCGGCCCGGUCAUGUCCGUGCUGCCUUUCGACACAGAGGAAGAAGUGAUCAAGAGGGCCAACAACACGACCUAUGGUUUGGCCUCUGGAGUCUUCACCAGGGACAUUGCUCGAGCCCAUCGUGUGGCCGAGAACCUGGAGGCAGGGACCUGCUUCAUCAACAACUACAAUAUCAGCCCUGUGGAAGUGCCGUUUGGAGGAUACAAGAAUUCAGGCUUUGGCAGAGAGAACGGCCAGGUGACGAUCGAGUACUACUCCCAGCUGAAGACUGUGGUCGUGGAAAUGGGCGACGUCGACAGCCUCUUCUAGACUCCUCUCACCAAGUUUACACCGCUGUGCCACAACUGUGAAUAAGACUUCUCCCUUCAGUCAUGAUCUAUGCACCAGAAUUAGCACUUUGCACGAAGGCUGCAUCCACACUAAUACAUUUAUAUAAAAUCCAAACAUAUUAGUGUGGAUUUAGCCAUCGUUUGCUUUAUGCGUGUUUACUUGCAGAUUUUUAGAGCCUGUAAGAAACCAAGAAGUAGACCUGUUCAAAAUUCUCUACUUUCUUCACGCAACGAGUGAAACAUCUUUAGCACUAACCAAGUAAAUGAUAAAAUUUUGAUCUGCUUAUUAAAAAAAAAACAACAUGCUGCUGUGAGUUUGUGUACGACCAUGAGCCUUAUUUAGAAAUGCUGCGUGAAGUGAACUGUGCAUCAGCAUUAAUCAGUCAGAUUUUUAUACUGAAUGGUUAACUGACAUGCGAUUGGACAUCUGACACCUUUUUAUGAAAAUAAAAUGUUUUAGGCACAAA